AUGGACUUGGAAGAACUGCGGCGCGGAAUAGAAGUCCAGGAGCAACGUGUGGCGGCGCUCCGACAGGAGAAACAACGUCGGGACGCCCUGCUUAGCGAUGUUCGUGCAUUUAUUGGUGGCGUGGAACCAUAUUUAUUUGAUGAAUCCAGCUGCGACGUGCGGGGGCUGGUUUGUACGCUCAUGAAUAACGCGCCGAUGGGAGGGUCACCGACGACAGACCUCGCAGGCUCCAGCCCGCGCGAUAUGGAUCCCUCCAUUGGCCCUCGAUUCAGCAGAGAGAUGGAGGAACGCAUCGCGCAAGCGGAGGAGCCUCUGCUGCAGGACCAAGUGUCACACAAGGAGCGGCGAUCAAGGAGCCCAAAACAUGGAAAAAAGAAGAGGGGCAGGCGAGGUAACAAGGAGGGGAAAGAGAGGCAAAGUGCAGUGCGCCACGUAGAAGCGUGUUUGUCGGCCUUAAAUGAUGCAGAGAUUAACGCAAGGGAAGCGCUUACGGCUGCCUUAGACUCCCUACAGCUGGAGCCUUGUGGAGCCUUGACAGCGAAGAAGGGUGUCCCACCAUGGUUGUCGGAGGCAGAGACGCAGCAUCAGCAAAAAAAUAUGGAGGAGAGCGAAGGAGAAUUUGUGGAGGCGUACUACUCGGACGAUUUUGAGGAACUGACCGAUCUGGAACGGUGA